AUGGCAGCGCGGCCAGUCUUUAACCUCGCCGCCGCUGCGCUCGCCGGCUUCGCCCUCCUGAUUUUCAUUUCGCGACUGCCUCUUCGAAGCGCCUCCUUGGUGCACCGAGUCUCGCCAACCGACCUCGCCUUGCGGCUGCCUCGCCUCAAUUUCACUUCGUCUUCCCCGUCGACCAGUCGGCACAAGGAAUACUACGCUUCCGAGGCAGCCGCCGAGUUCUGCGCCGCCCAUGGAUACUCCGUCUUCUCGCCCGAGUCAGACUCCGGGGAGCGCAAGAUAUACGAUCUCUUUAUGGCCAAUUCGGAGCUCGAUUUCCUCGAAAUCCGCCUGAGCACCAUGUACGAUCACGUCGACUACUUCAUAAUCGUCGAAUCGCCGGUUACGUUCCAGGGAACACUAAAGAACCUCACGAUUCGAGAUAAUUGGGACCGAUUCUCCCAGUGGCACGACAAGAUGAUAUACCACCUCCUGGAGUUUCCAGCUGGGUUCGCUCCCAAGCUCACCUGGGACUACGAGGACCUCCAGCGUGACGCCACCUUCAAGCAAGUCUUUCCGAAGCUGCAAGGAAGGCAGGCCCCAGUAAAGGGGGAUGUGCUCCUCGUUGCCGAUGUGGACGAGAUUGUUCGCCCGGCGACGCUGCUGCUGUUGCGGACGUGCAACUUCCCACGGCGCCUGACACUCGCCUCCAAGUUCUACUACUACUCGUUUCAGUUCCUCCACGUGGGCAACGAGUGGCCGCAUCCACAAGCGACCUUCUAUCAGGGCGAGCGGGACACCAUCCUGCCGUCCAAGCUCCGGAGCGCCGACGGGGACAGCCGGCUGCAACGAGCGCGCGAGUCUGGCACGCUGAGCAACGCGGGCUGGCACUGCAGCAGCUGCUUCGCCACGAUGGACCAGUUCCUGAACAAGAUGGCCAGCUUUUCCCACAUGUGGAUGAACGAACCCAAGUACCGCGACAAGGGGCGCAUUGCGGCCGCGGUUCGCGAGGGCCGGGACGUAUGGGGCCGGGCAAGCGAGGUAUUCCGUCGCAUCGAAGGCAAUACUGACGUGCCGGGCGUCCUGGCCGAAGCGGAAGGGCGGAGGAGAUUUGGUUACAUGCUGAGUCGCGACGGUGAGAGCGCAGGGUUCUCCGAUUAUCCGUAG